GAGCCAUGGCAGAGGCCGGAGCCCAUCUCACCUCCACAGCUGUCAAUGAGCAGCCRUCGGUGUUUGAAGUUCUGGCUCAGGAGUCUCUGAUGGAGGCGGUCCGACCGGCGCUCAGACACACCAUCAAGGUUCUGGCUGAUUCCAAUCCCUCUCGCUACGGUUACCUGUGGAGACACUUUGACGAGCUCUACCUGCUACUGGACCUCCUCCUCCAGAACCACUUCCUGUGCCACCACAACGCCUCGUUCUCUGAGAACUUCUACGGCCUGAAAAGAGUUUCAGGUGUACUGGGACUUCCUGUCCAYCUGCGUCUGCACAGGAAGUCCCACUGGCGCUCUCUUCUCCUCCUCUGCCUGGUUCCGUACCUGCGGGCCAAGCUGGAGGCGACUUUGGCGCGACAGAGGGAGGAGGAGGACUUCUCCAUCAGGCUGAGGCAGACCUGGAGGCAGAGGGUGUACCGGGCGGCCGUGGCGGCGUACCCGUACGUCGGCACGGCCUGGCAGGUCUGGAUCUUCUGCCAGCUGCUGCUGUUUGUGUUCGGGGUCUCUGGGACUCACAGCCCCCUGCUGUGGCUGGCCAACGUCAGGCUGGYUCGGCUCAACGCUCAGGACAUCAGAGACAUGGCACAGAAAACCAGAACCACGAUGAACCCGGCUGACAUGAGUCUGCCACAGAGAGCCUGGCGGCUGCUGUCACAGGCGGCGGGGGGCGUGGCCGUGUCCCUGUCCACCUCACUGUCUCUGGGCGUCUUCUUCCUGCAGUUUCUGGAGUGGUGGUACUCCUCAGAAAACGAGAGCGCGGUGAAGACCCUCACCUCCAUGCCGGCGCCCCCACCCCCGCUCCACCUGCAGGAGGACGCUCAGCUGGGYGCCGACUGCAGGAGCUGCCCUCUGUGUCGGAGGCUGCGUACGAACGCCACGGCGUUGUCCACGUCCGGCUUYGUCUUCUGUUACCGCUGCAUCUACACGUACGUGAAGGCGAACCGCCGCUGCCCRCUCACUGGGUUUCCCUCCGAACUGCAACAUCUCAUCAAGAUCUAUUCUCCAGAGAGUUCCAGUUCCUGAACCCACAAUUACCUGCAGCCUGUUGGGCUUCUGCACAGAACCACAGCCCUGUACAGGAGCUGCAGGUGCACAGCUUGAUUUUUUUAUAUGUUGUAUAAUUUAGAGAAAUUAUGAUCUGAUGUUACUUUUUUCACCUUGUGUCAUUAAAUACGUCAAAAUACUGUUCAUAUGAUAAAUGGACU